CUGAAGAAACAGACGAUGUCUUGGGGAUUCCGUGAAGUCAUACUCGGGCAUAUAAAUAGCCUGGGCGGACUACACGAGCGAAAACCGAAACGAAAGCACUUCGAAAGAUAUCAAAAGCGCUUUUGUAGUUCUCUGCUGAAUUCUCUCGAAGGCUCCGUGAUGGCAGCUACAUCUGCAGCAACUUUUUCUAUGGCGACAGCUGCUUCCUAUAACUCUAGGCCAAUGGUUUCGAAACCAAAGACACUUGGCUUGCAACUCAACUCACCAAACUGCUUUAGGAGUUUCAGUGGUCUGAAGGCUGCAGCUUCUGUAAAUUGUGAAUCUGAGACAUCUUUUUUGGGCAAGGAGAGUAGUGCUAUUCUUCGUGAUUCUUUUGCAACCAAAGCUGCAAAACAAAGCUGUGAGCUUGUAAAUUGUUUGCAGCCUCGGGCUUCAUCUUUCAAAGUGGCUGUUCUUGGAGCUGCUGGGGGAAUUGGGCAACCGCUGGCCCUUCUGAUUAAGAUGUCCCCAUUGGUCUCAGCUCUGCACCUUUAUGAUAUAGCGAAUGUUAAGGGAGUUGCUGCUGAUCUGAGUCACUGCAAUACUCCUUCUCAAGUCCUGGAUUUCACUGGAGCUGCUGAAUUGCCCAAUUCUUUGAAAGGUGUGGAUGUGGUUGUCAUUCCAGCUGGAGUUCCAAGGAAACCAGGAAUGACCCGUGAUGACCUGUUUAACAUUAAUGCUGGAAUUGUGAAGAAUUUGGUGGAGGCAGUUGCCGAUAACUGUCCAGAUGCCUUUAUCCACAUCAUUAGCAACCCAGUUAAUUCGACAGUUCCAAUUGCUGCUGAAGUUCUGAAGCAGAAGGGUGUCUAUGAUCCGAAGAAGCUUUUUGGUGUCACGACUCUGGAUGUCGUUAGGGCAAAUACAUUUGUUGCACAGAAGAAGAACCUGAAACUCAUUGAUGUUGAUGUCCCAGUGGUUGGUGGACAUGCUGGGAUUACUAUUUUACCGCUUCUGUCAAAGACAAGACCAUCUGUGAGUUUAACGAAUGAAGAAGUACAACAGCUCACUGUGAGGAUCCAAAAUGCUGGGACAGAAGUUGUGGAGGCAAAGGCUGGUGCAGGCUCUGCUACGCUGUCCAUGGCCUAUGCUGCUGCAAGAUUUGUUGAGUCAUCUCUUCGAGCACUGGACGGAGAUGCAGAUGUGUAUGAGUGCGCGUAUGUGCAGUCUGAGAUCACCGAACUUCCUUUCUUUGCGUCGAGAAUUAAGCUUGGGAAGAAUGGGGUUGAAGCUGUUAUAUCAUCUGAGCUCCAAGGGCUGACAGAGUAUGAGGCUAAAGCUCUGGAGGCCCUUAAGCCAGAGUUGAAGGCCAGUAUUGAGAAGGGCAUUGCAUUUUCCCAGAAGCAACCAGUGGCUGCAUGAGUUGGGGUGAAGCAGAGCUGUGAAUGUUUCUCGAUCAAAGUUGCAAUAAUGAGAUGGAGAGAAGGGGAACCACGCCUGCUCAUUUGCUGCACAAUUGCCUUCAAUUUUGUACCGUAGAAGAUAAUAGACAGAGAUGAACAAAAUUUGGACUCUUUGUUUUGUGAUUGUUUAAAAUUUUCCAACAUGUUUACCCUUGAUUGCUGAGAAGAUUUGAAUCACUUGUCGUCUUCGCCGUUGUUUUUUGGAGGGGUAAAAUGAAUAAUUCGGAAACAGAAAACCCAAUGGGGAUAAAUACUAAGCUCUAGUUUACUGUAUUGUUCA